GUUUAAAGAUGGCUGCACUGACUGCACCUUGAGGAAGCGAGGCUGGGAAUUGUGCGGAGAUUAUUUAGCUCUAUCCCGCAUUUUAUAUACUCUCGUUGUGCGAUAAUGGAGGCAGCUAGCAACAAAAUCUACAAGUCAAGACUAUUUACAUCAAAUGUUCUUUUACAGAAAGAUGAAUUGGAGGAGGUAUGCUGGCUAGAUCAUAUUUGCUGUGUACGAGAAUUUCAUUUUGAUUAAUUUAAUGGGUCUAUAAAAGUUGUUGUUGUUUGAUUUUUAGAGAUUAGAGAAGUGUCACGGCCUUCUCACUUCUGUUGUUUCCAACCUGUCUGAAAAUGAAGCUCACGAUGCUCUAAAUCAAAUGGUUAGUAAUCAGUGAUGAUUUUACUAAAUAUUUUUUCUAUAACAUAGUCUUAGAUGCUGCCUGGAACGUUUUUGAUUUGGCUACAUGUAGGUCUGUUUUUUAAAAAUUUUUUCAUGACUCUUAACCCUUUAACUCCCGAAACGCAAAGAUUAAUUCUCCUCUCCAACUCCCUCAUAUUUCCUUGUGUUUUCUUUCCUUUCACUUCUCACCAAUGAGGUUGUCUGUUCUUAUAACCUGUUUGGAAGAUAUCAUAUUGGAAUUGUGAGGAGAAGUUACAUGUAGAUCACUUUUGGGAGUUACAAUAUUAAUGGUAUUAUUGAUGUUCUGUUUUUAUAGUCUGUUUAACUGUUUUAUUUCCCAUAUGUUGUCCACAAUUUUUCAUGAAAAAUGUCAAAAAGCCACAGAGUAACCAAGGUAUAUGGUAGAAAUGAGAAAGCUCUCCUUGAUUUUUCUACCAAGGAAAAACUGGUUUGGGUGAAUUUUUCAGGUGUCCAAAGGUCUACAGCAGCAUGAGGAAGCAUCUCUUGGUCUGCUUUAUAUUAUAUUAGUGGAACAAACUGCUGCACCAAAGGUUAGACUUCAUAAAUUCUAUGACUCCCAAGUGCUUGCCACAUUGAAAUUGUCUUGGUAUAUUUAAUAAAUAUGUUGUUUGUAAUAUGUUGCAAUCUACCAUAUAUGUAUAUACUACAACAAUGGUAGCAUAGAAGGCCUGUUCUGAUUGGUUACUCAAACUCUGAAUAUCCUUGCAUCUCCAUGAUUUAUAAUUUAGACCUGAAGAUAUUGUAACUGUUGCAGGAGUAAAUAAGUUAAAAUAAUCUUUUUGAGCUCUUUUAUCUCACUGUUUAAAAAUAUCGCAAAACAGCUAUUCCCCAUUAGUGUUGGUUGUUAGUCACUUCCUUUUUGGUGAAAAGUUUUUGAUUGUUGUACAAUUUUUGACAUCACAUUUCUGCCAUAAAUAGUCUUUAUUUCCUCUUUUGUUGUUUAUUAUUCUCACCAGUGACACAGCUAAAUUCUGGUAUAAAGCUGACCUCUAAACUUUUAAUAAUGAAUGCUACCUGAGUGGCAGCAUCCAAUAUGAAAAGGCUCAAACCUAACUUCUGACUAUUUCUAAGUACAAAGGAUCCAGCAAGAGUUAUUGAUAAUGCUUUUAAAAUGAACAGCUUUCAUCCUGACAUUGCAUUAUUCCAUAUUUUUUUUAUCAAACAAGUGUGUUGAAUUCAGUUACUAUUAUAUCUGAAAGGCUUACAGAGAUCUGACAUGUAUUACAAGAGAUGGAUUGAGUUUGAUCAUGACAAGAUUGAUUGGAAUUGUCACAGAGAAGCUGAAUAAGCUACUUGAUGCUGUUAGAACACAGGUAAAAGAUUUUAAUUACACUUCACAUGUAUAUGUCAAUCUGACAAUUGCUGAAUUAUCAUGACUCAAUGGCUUACAUGAAUUUCACGAGUAUCCUUUGUUUUCAUGAAGAGGGUUACAUUUUGAGAUUAUCAGAUUCACGGGAGAUGCUGUUGCCCAAUUUUUAGUGUACCUGACUUCUGAUUUAAAAUACCAUGUGGCAGACCUGGUUAAAGUGUUGCUCUAUUGAACAAGAAACUUUCCUCUUACAGUGCUUCUCUCCACUCAGGGAUUACAAAUGGGUACCAGCAGACUUACAGGAAACUAGACUGAUUGUUGGCUGGGAUGACCCUGUAUCUGGCAUUCCUUUCGGGGGCAGGGGUGGGGUAGAAGGGCAGGCAAGCAGUGACAUACACUACAUGUAGGAAAAGCUCUGGCAGGAUGGGCCAUGCAGCCCUCAUUAUUAGGUGAAUCUCAGGAUAUGGUGCUUGAUUACGUUCUCCAUUUGCUUCAGCCCUUGUCUGUAGCCCAGGAAGUUGCUUUUCUUUACAAAAAUUCUGUAAAUUGGGUUGUCCAAAACUUUUCUAAUGACUGACAACAACAAAGAGAAAAAGUCUUGGAUAACACACACUGGCUUUGUUACAUCUAAUCACAUGUAUACAAACAUACAAGACAAGGUUAUGGUGCUGGUGUUGCUUUGGGAAUGGAGGUAUCACUUCCCCCAGUAAUGAAGAAUUCCAAAAAAAUUUGAUAUAUGGAAGUUUAUGGAUUCAAUGCUAUGCUUUACCAGUCAUAACUGAUCUCUUUAAUUUGGAAAUGAGAUCUUAAAGGGUAUACAAGAAUCAUUAGUCUUUAAUCUGCAAGAUGAAACAAUUGUACUGUGUAUUGUCAUGAAUUUUACACACUGCUUUAAUUGUCCAAAGGUAUUGUGGCUUUCUAAUGAACUCAUUAAGAGCGCUGUUCCUGGUGUGGAAGGACUCUGUCAAGCUCUCCUUAGGCAAAUUUCUGGAGGUGAUAAUUCACCCUCGAAUGUCUGGCUCGCAGAAAAUGUAUUAGGAUUGUUGAACACCAACAGGUAAGUCUAGUGUGUAAUUACUUCAGUGUCAAGAAUGCUCUAGUGAAUGGUUCCAGACAGCUGAUCAACUUGUUCAUUAAGGAUUGAAAAGAAAUAUACCUAUUUAAUCUGCUGGAAAUAUACUUCACUUCUGUUUUAUGUCUCACUACCCUUACAAACUCCAUCCCAGACACUUCCUUUUUGGUGGUCAUAUAUUAAAAAUGGAUGCCACAGAAACAAACCUUAUUAAAUAUAGAUUUAAGUUCUAUUUGAAAAAGAAACCUGUAUCGUCUUUGAUAAUGGGAAGAAACACAAGAAGACCAAACAAAAUGAGGAAAAUAAACUUACAAUCACAUUCAAACUGACUUUAAUCAAAGGUAACUCAGACACACAAAAUACCUCAUUAAUAUAAACAUGAAAUCUCCUCAUAAUUCAUUUAGCAAAAUAUUCUUAAAAAACCAACCUUACUUUAAACAUAGGUAACGUGGAAACAUACUUUAGCAGUAUGGGUAUGAAACAGCUGCAUGUAAACUGACUGGGUACAAAUUGAAUGAAUCUGAAAUGUCUGAAGGAAUGAAAGGACUGGAAAUUUAGUAGUACCAUAAUUUAAUUUCACUUCAAGAGGAAGUAAAUCCCGUGUUUUGACGGGCAAAGAUGAGCUCAUCUUGCUCGUCUUUCUUUGUUUUGAUUUACAGCUUUGAUCCUUCCCAAAAAUACUUUUUAAGACACUAUUUGCUAUUUUCACAUCUUGCAAAUGCUUAAACAUGUCUUGAGGACAGUCAAAACAAAGAAGACUGCAAUAAAUUUUGUGAAUCUAUUUUGAAAGCUAUUGUUGAAGGAAGCCUUUUUGCAAUGGAGUAAGAUGGGUGGAUAUUGGUCUAAAAACAGGGAAAAAAGAUCCUUGCUUCUUGACCUCAUGGAAGGUCAAUAACUUAAUCGUCUAGGCAUCACUUGGAAUGCCACGAUGCAGAGAGAAUCUUCCUCCAGUGUGCUUAUGCACAAAAAAUUGUUGAAAACCAUUUUUUUUUGUUUUUAAAUUUAGAGUAAUUUUUAUUUCCCAUUUGAUAUCUGUGAAAAUUGCAAGUCGUGUAUCUCUCCUAAUAACUAUGCUCAAGAAUCUACUUUCUUUUAUACAAUAUACAGGUUAACAUAACAGAUUUCUAUUAAUGAUAAUUUUGUGUUAUUUUUUAUCAGAGCUUGGCUGGAGAAAAACCCUAUACUCUUGGCCACUGCUGUGUAUACUUACCUUAGAUUAUUAGAGGAUCAUGAAGCAGCGCCAUUCAAGAACUUACGACAAAUGGAAAUUGAAUUCUGUUCCUCCUUGUUGAAAGAAAGGGUAUAAAAAGUCUAUAAAUAUUCUGGUUAUAUGGUCACAACUUACCAACACUUAAAUAAAUUUCACAACGUUAGUAUGCAUAGUGAACAUACAGUCAUGCAGUUGUGCCAAUGUAUUUCCAUGAUGAAAGCAUUCUUAACAAUACCACACUACUUUCCCUCCUUUUCUUCAAAGAAAACUUAAUCUCAUCUUAAUUUAACAAAACUCUAAAUACUUACAAAUAAGCACACACUUUACAAAUUAAAUGAAAGAGUCCUUCACCUACCAAAAUCCAAAUACUGGUAUUUACAAAAACAAGCAUGCACUCUAAGAAUAGCAUGAAUAGCAUGCAUCCCUCACAACUUUGAAUUGUAAAUCAGUCUCUUAGAAACUAAAUUCCUAUUUGCAAUAGUCCCUAGUUCAAAACAAAGUCAUUAAACCUUGCUGGUCUCUGAAUCUGAUAUAUCGAAUUUUGCACCUGCUGCUGUGGCCAAAUCUCUUCAUCUUACAGCCAACAUCUACUUGUUUAUUUUACUUGUUUACUUCUGCAUCUGAUGUGCCUAGCCCUUGUUCUUCUCCUGCAUCUGCACAAGUGUUUCCUUUCAAUCCAUUUUUUAUUGUGUUGUCAGAACCUUCCUGGGUGUGGAAUUCCUUGACAAAAGCUUGAUUGCAUCUGAGCGUCACUCUUGUUCAUUCCAGACCAUGAUCUCACUUCCCAUCCUUUGAACAACUUUUACAGGACUAUGGCAGAAAUUACCUGGCAGUUUGUUCUUCUUCUCUGCCCUCAAGAGCACUGCAUCACCAACUUAAAAAGACUUUAAAAUAGCUCCUCUCUUCUCGUUUGCGCAAGCCUUUCCUUUCAACUUGCUCGACCAGUCCUUCUCAUGAACCUCAUCUGUAGAUAAGAUAAUGUUGAGUACAUUUAACUCUGAAAUGACUUGUUCCACCACACUUUCUGUGUGUCUGACCCCGUGCAGGACAAUUUAAAUCUUGCCUGAAAUUUCCUUCCUGCCCACAACUGAAGCAUGUCUUUCUUUUCCUGCAAUUUUUGCAGUCACUUCAUUGACCUGAUAAUCCACUUGGUCAGAGCUAAACUGUCUCAACUGUCGAUCAUUCAUUUCUUGGGAUCUUGCAGUCCGAAACAGGUCAUGUUAAGAAACUAUUCCUUGUUUUUGUAAGAAUUCUUGGUGCAGAUGGCUUGAGAAACAUUUGUCAGUGAAUUGAUCACAAAUUUGAUCACCUUUGUUGGUGCCAAAUUUGCAAGCAACUGUGUGCAGAUGCAAUCUACAGACAAAUUGGUCCUCAGUUUCACCACUUGCCUGCAAAGUUUGUUGAAGCAAAUGUUGCUUGAAAGGAAUGUGGGGACAAAAUAAUCUUCAAGCACCUUGAGUGUUGCCUCAAAAACAUUCUUGUCAUUCUCACUGGCCAAUGUGUUGUAGAUCUCUUGAAUUAGCAACAUGUAAUACUAGAGCUCACUCUUAACCCCUUUUUCUGUUACAUACAAAUUAAAGGCUUGCCUCCAUCUAUUUUACCAUCGAAUUUAAUUGUGUGGUUCUCCUCUCAGAUUGAAUGCUUCUUAUUCCCUGACAUCUUUGGUCACCAUAGAAUUUCCUGAACUGCCACUGUUUGUCGUGUUUUGUUCCCCUGAUCCACCACCUCCUGGCAUCACUGGAAUAAAUCCUUAUUAAAGCCAUUGAUGAAAUGCCUUACAAAGUUCCCAGGGAAGUCCUUGAAAAACCUUAAGAAAUUCUCAACAAAAUUGCUUAAUACCAAAAAUCCUUGACAUCCUUGAAAUCCUUAAAAUCCUUGUCGCCAAUGCAAAGUCUAUAAAUAUUCCGGUUAUACAGUCACAAUUUAAUUUACAAUGCACUUUAAUAAAUAUUCAUCGACUUAAAUACAUUUCACAACUUUAAUAAUCAUAGUUAACAUAGGGUCAUGCAGUUGUGCUGAUCUAUUCCUAUUAUGAACACAUUCUUAACGGUACAACACUACAGGGUAUGGUCAAUGAAAGAUCAAACUUAAAUCACAUCUUACUGCCACAUUCCCAUCGAUAAUCAGUUAUGAUUAAUAAGUGAUCAAGUUAAAAAGUAUGGAGUUACAUCACCAUGCACCCACAGUUGUGAUGUGCAGCAGUCUCAUUUUACCAGUAUAAUAUUAACUUCAUUGUACACUACCAGCUGAAUAUAAAAGUAGGCAUGUGUCUUAUCAUUGUCAUUCGAAUGUUCUUGACAGUUUGCAGACUGCAUUCCUAUUGGACGAGACCUUGUGCGACUGCUUCAAAAUGUGGCUAGGUUUGUCAAAAUCAAUCUGUUACGUAGUGCUUUCCUAUUCUCAUGGAUUCACAAGAGGUGGUAUUUAUUAAUAUAUAGAUUUAGCCAAGCCUAAAAGUGAGCUCACAUUUUUUUUUUUCCUACACGUCUCACGGGCACAACGCCUUGCCCGGGCCAGGACUAGAACCUGGGUUGUCCGACUCCGAGCCCAGUGUGCUGACCACUGGACUUAUGGACAAAGCCAUGGCGUUGGUGUGCCUGCAGUACAGUUGAUCAUGCAUGUUGAAAGUAGCACCUUGUAUGGUCUUACGGUCGUACAGUCGUACGGUUGUACAGUCGUACGGUCGCACGGUCAUAUGGCCACACGGUCGUAUGGUCAUACGGUCGUACAUCCAAAUUUUUUCAUCUUGAUGGGUUACUACUAUUUUGUAUAAUUAUGGGGCUACGCUCUGCGAGCUCUGCUAAUAAUGAGACAUAGUCUUUGGCCUAUUUUGGAAUCAAAAGUUAAAACAACUACCCAAUGAAUUAAACUCUGUAAAUUCUGCCAAGAAUCCUCUUUAUCAAAAGCCAAUUCUGGAACUUUUUACAUGUAUAUGAGUCACAACAAAACUGUUGGCUGUGUGAUGACAAGACAAGGGGCCAAGAUUAUAAACAAGUACUUCUUUGUCUUGUGUCUAAGAAUACCAGAGUUCAAUGCACUGUGGAAGGAUAUUGUACACAAACCUCAGUCGCUGUGUCCACAGUUUACAGGUAUUUAUGCUUUUGUUUUUUAAAUGUUCUUCUCUGUUUAAGUGUAAUGGUCUGAAAUACAACAGAUAGCUUUCGUCAUGUGUGACAUUCUUGGACCUGACUGUGAAAAUAUUUGAAAACAUUCUGAUCAUGUUGAACUACUGGUACAUAUAACUGAUUAGUAGAGACAUACAUGCAGUAUAAAUUUAUCUAGUUGCAACAUGUGAGCCUGGAAGACUUUGCAUUUAAGUGAACAAUGUUGAUGGGAUCUCAUUGAUGUAUCACAUUUUUCAAAGGUAUUGCUCAGUUGCUUCACACAAGAACUUCUCGAAAGUUCCUAGCAUGUAGACUGCAUCCUGAGAUGGAGAACAAGAUUUUGUUUUUAACGUCUAAGGUACAAGAGUCCAAAUCUAUCAGCUGCCUGAUACUAGUGUACUUUAUAUAAUAAGCUCAGUUAUGUAUGCAUUCUGAUUGGUUCUCACUUAUGAUCUAUUGGAGGACAGACAUAUAGACGAUGUCAUCAAUAAAGCUUUUUUAAAUUCUUUAUUAUAUAAAACAAAUAGAUUCCAAGUUGCCGUGCAUCUGUUCAGUAAUAGAUCACAGAGGACGUCAAAAUGUGGUAAGAACAUCAGUGACACACUUGGCUGUGCCUCGUGUGCCACUUUUUUGUUCUUACCACAUUUUGACAUCAUCUGUGAUCUAUUACUGAACAGAUGCAUGGCAACUUGGAAUCUAUUUGUUAAAUAUUUAACUAUCACUGACCAACAACACAUCAUUAAGUUUCCAUGUAACAUAACUAUUAAAUGAGAUCUGUACAAGAGCAAUGUGCAUUUUGUUUUUGUUGCCUUGAUUUUCAAAUAAAUUGAUCAGUCCUUUGAGCACAGCAAUCAGAAACCCAUGUUUAUGGCUUUCUCUCAUUAUCAGGUGCCUAUGAUACUAAAUUAAAUAUGAAAAUGAGAAAGCACUUACAAAGGUUUCCAGGUGUCUAUUACAAAUGUGAGGUUCCAAUAUUGCAGUCUGUGGACCCGCCUUAGAGCUACAUGUACAAAAUUGAUAGUUUUUAUGAAACAUACUUUCUAAGAGCAAUGUAAAUGUCACUCUACUUGCAGUGUAUUAUAAUUGAGAUUUAUCCUUCGUUACUGACAGGUUAAGUUUGGUCAGCAGAAAAGAUAUCAGGACUGGUUUCAAAAGCAGGUCAGACUGAUUGUUCUGUUCAUAUUCAUUUUCAUUAUGGUACAAUGUUCACCUUGAAGAGCUCUGAAAAGUGCAUGUACAUGUGCAUGUAAACAUGUAACUUCUCCCUAUAAUAUUCAAACAUUAAUCAGCAAACAGAUUACAAGAAUACUCAAACUUAUCAGGUAGAAGUUAUGUCUUGAUGCAGCACCAAAUUUUUAAAACUAAUUCACAAGGAAUGUGUAAAAUUAACAAUCAGAUCAUGAGAGUUUAAGGGUUAAUAAUUAUUUGUCUGUAUUCAUUUGAGGUGAUGAUAACAAUAUUGAUUAAAAAUUAAUAUUGAUAUUGCAUUCGAUUUCAGUAUCUGUCCACCCCUGAAAGCCAGAGCCUGCGGGGAGAUCUGAUUCGCUACAUUAUUGGUGUGGUGCAUCCUUGUAAUGAAGUGCUGUGUUCUGAUAUUAUACCACGAUGGGCCAUUAUUGGCUGGCUUUUGACAUCUUGUCAGGUUAUUGUCUAUUAUUUUGAUGUGUGUAUUACAUCAGGGAGGCCUUGCUAUCAUCAACCAAUACAGCAAUCCUAGACUGGUCUUUACAGGUUGCAUUGCAGUAUUUUCAAUUUUAUUUUAAUUCUUUAUUUACUCUGACAGACAUCAUGCCAGGAACUGCUAUUAUAUUAAUUUAGUUUCAGUGUAUUCAUUAUUUAUGGUUCCACAGAUAGAGAAUGACACUCCAUUCUACUUCUACCUGUUUCCUCUUUUACCUCCUCUCUGAUUAUUUUAUGCUGUGUUUUUUGUUCCAGACUGCAGUUUCUACAGCAAAUGCUAAACUUGCCUUGUUCUUUGACUGGCUCUUUUAUCAACCAGAUAAAGAUAACAUUAUGAAUAUUGGUAAAGCAAAUCUUUUACUUUACAUUUUUGAGCUUUGAUCUCCAUAUUGUGUAAAAUUAAUGAUAAAAUUAUAUUAAAACUACAAACCUAGAGAAUUUUUCUUCAUGUCUGUUUUGCAGUGACAUCUAUAGUGAAAUCAAUUGCUUAGGUGAUAUUUCUUUUAAGGCAGACAGGCAAUUGCUUUUUUCCUCAAGAUCUGUUGUUCAAGCCACAAUUUGUGUGUUCCUUUCUUAACCUUAAAGCAGUUUUUACAGCCAAAUUAAUCUUUUUGAUCUCCAGAACCUGCUAUUUUGUUGAUGCACCAUUCUAUACGAAGUCACCCAGCAAUCACAAGUACCUUGAUGGACUUUCUCUGUCGGGUAAAAUCAAUUUUUUUUGCUGUUUUAUUACUGUCACAAUUUUACUAAUUGUUUUGGAAACUUUUUUGUAAUUGCGUGCUGGAAGGAGGUUAUUUAUUGAUUACCCACUGAUAAUCCAUGUGUUAAACUUGUACCUUAAUGCAAUGCAAAGUAUGUUUUUAACUUAUUAAAAACUUGUACCUGAAAAAAAACAAUAUACUGUGGUUAUUUCUGUUUGGCAAGAUUGCUUAAAAUGGUUGGUCUCUUUUCACCAGAUUAUUCAAAAUUACAGCACUUUACCUGAUGUUCAAGUUAAACAGGGAGUUAUCAAAGCAUUUCGGCAUAUUCUCAGUAAAAAAGUUGUAAUGUAAGUAUAUUUGGAUGUCAUGUUUGCAUUUCUUAUUUGAGUGUAGUCAGUCUUUAAUAUGCCUAUCUCUCCAGAGGUAGCAGAGCAAUUUGAAGCAUGGCUGGGGGGACGGUCGGGGCUUUUCCAAAAUACUAAGCCAAGUGCAUACCCUUUUGGUGAUUCCUCAGAAGAAGAAAGUGUUAGAAAGAUAUGAUAAACCAAACUUACCCUAUUUAUACAUGUAAAAGCACUAAUCAUGUGAACCAUUUUAUUGGUUUAUGGUACAUUUUGAGGUUGCUGGAAGCAAGGGUGUUUAAAGCAACACCAUAAGAUGGUAAUACUGACUAUUUUGACAAACUACACAUAAUUUUAUGCUGUGGGAGCAAUAUUGUCAGCAAUGAGGUGUGAGGGGGGCUGAGACCUCCCAAAUUUUUAGCUGGAGAGGGCUGUAGUCCCUUCCCCUCUCCCCCACCUGCUCUACCACAUGUAUGCUAUCUUUCUGACUGUAUAUGUAUGUCUGUCUGUGUCUAUAUAUCUGUUUGUCAAUUUCCUACUGUGUAAGUUAUUUUAACUUGCUUAUCAAGCAAGCUCAAGGCUCACAUUUUUCAUCAAACUUUGCUUUUGGAAAACUGUUCACUUUUUGAAACAGAUGAUAUCCAUGGACAUAUAUCAUUGAUCUUUUCCUGCCAAAUGGAGGCCUUUGUGUUUAUAUUGUUAACCUUCAUUUUUGAAAACAACAAUUAAUUAUCUUCAGCUAAUGUUAGAGGGGUAAGCCCCAUGCAGUGAUUGAGUUUCUGAUGACUAUUUCUUUCCAUCUAGGUCCUUGUCUCCUUUGUUUGACAACCCUAAGAUGGACAGAGACCUUAGAAGUUUGAUAAGAAACACCUUGGCUGAGUUCUGUGACUCAGGUACUCUUUCAUUGACUUGCAUCUCUCUGUGAAAAUCAACUCAGCACUGUGUGUACUGACCUAGAAAUGAUUAAUCAUUUUGAAACUUGAAUGAAAGUAUCCAAGUGAAGAGCUACAUGGAAGUUUGAUCUUACCUUCAUAAGAUUUGCUUUCAAAGUCAAAAUCUAGAAAAUCUGAUUAAAUUGGCUCUUAACAGAUUCCAUUGCUAGAGAGUGUAGUGAUGUCAGUAAUGACACCCUGCUUCAGAACUGUUCACGUAGGUAAUAAAAAUGUGAUAUCAAUUUUAAAUUAUUGGCUGAGCAUUUUUUUAGGGAAAAUUUAGGUAUAUCAUCACUGCAUAACAGCUUAGCAUAGCAAAAUUAUGAGGUUCAGAGCCAACAUAGGUUACUUCCCUGUUUUCAGUGGUUGUGUAAUCUCAAGAUAGGAAAAUUUUAACCCUUGGACCCCUAAGAGUGACCAGCAUGUAAUUUCUCUUAGCAAUAUCACCCCUGAAUUGCACAUGAAGGUCAUGAAAAUAAAACAAAUGAUCAUCAUCUAGCAUUAUGGAGAAUAGGAAUGAUGAUGUUAUGGUGUAGUUGUAUCUUGAGAAACCAGCUGUUCUUUAAAAAAAUGGUCUGUGACCCUACUUUUAAAUUAUUACCACAAAAAGCAAAAGUCAUGGGUGUCUUUUACAGGUUAAAAUGAUGUUAUGUUACCUUUUCUGGUUGGAAGGAUGCUCUUAACAUGGUCUUAAAUAAAUGAGCUUUUCUGUGAUGCUAAUAGUUUCCUUGCAACUGAAGUUGGUUAAUUGUGUUGUCAAAGUGAUAGUGCAUGAACUUACUGGAAACAAGAGCCACCUAACUCGUUUUUGAGUCUCAAGCACACAAAGUAAAUUUAAAGUUUGCAGAAGCUUUACUUUGCUGUAAUAACAUUACAUGUGAAAGAAAUCAUAACAACUUGUUUAGAAAUAUUUGAUAAUUAUUUUCAAGGAGAAAAGCAAUCAAGUAUAAUGUUGGUACAUUAUAGAAUUGGUGUUUAAGAAUUAUGAGACAAUUUUGAGCCACAUUAACACCACAUCUGUCGGGGUAUGAUUCUCAAAUAAGGUUCAAACAAUGGAAUCUCUGUCUCUGAUUGAUUUGGAUUUGUGAUCAAGAAUUGUUUUCUGUUCAUCCAUUUUGUGUUUACCUUUCCUUGGCUUGUUACUAAUUUACAGGUUCAAAACUUGAAGAAUCAUCAACAUCAGCGUUUAGCAAAGUAGAGAGCUCCUCAGCUUCAUCAAGUGAUAUGCUCAGUUCACUGGGAUCCAGAAUGAUGGAGGCAGACACAAGUAGCAGCUCAAAGGACACUGAAUUGGCGGACAGUGGGGUUGAUGAAGAGCUGGAGCCACCUGACGAAGAAGCUGUGUUCUCUGACCCUGAUGAGGACGAGGACAGUGACAUGACAGCCAACAAAUCAGACAACAGUAAAGAGAAGGACUACGAGUUUAAACCAAUUGAAAAGGAAGCUUUAGAUGAGAAUGAAGAAAGAGAUAGCAAUGAAGAUAUCACUGAGCUUGAAGAUCUUGAGAAUUUGGGAGAUGAUCUGAAAGAGCUGGUUAUUAAAUUCUCUCAACAAAGGUUAGUAUCGCCCUUUUUGUGUGUACCCUGAGGCAAUAAUUAUGGACAGGGAGAUAUUUGAUCAUAGCAUUUAAUUCAAGAUCUAGCUAUGAAUCUUCGAUAAAUGCUGAAAUAAUUGCAAUUUAACCAAUUAAUGUUUCAUUUCUUUCUGCAGCGACCCGGCAGUGCGAUCCAACAAAAUGGAAGAUAUUCUUAAAUGUAUUGAAUCCCUGGUGAGCCACUUCAUUCUUUAAAUUAAGAUUUCCGUCUUUUUAAAAUUGUAUAAAAGCAUCGUUCCAGGAUCCUGCUGCAUCAAAAGAAGUACACGAUGCUGAUAGCAUCUAGUAAUAAUGAUCAAUUCCAAAGACUUUCGUCAAAGAACUUCGUCAAGAUUGGUGGUGGAGUAUGCAUAAACUGCCACAUUGUGUCUCAUGCGUCGAAAAACUCUUUUGAGUAUUUAGAAGGCAUCUAUUUUUCGGUCAGCAAAUGAGUAAAUUAUAACUAUUAUCAUGUUUUUAAAUGGUAUUGAGUACUACUAUCCACCCUAAGACAAUUUACCGUUACACUGCCAAAUUGUAUAAAUUGUAUCUUAGAUCUAGUUUUCUUAUUGGAGCGCUUUUCGAUUAAGUGUAACACUAACCAAAGUUAUCAAACGGAUAACUUUGGUUUGAUGAAGAAAGGAAAAUACCUCUAAGAGACAAGGAGAACUCAACGUAAAAACAACUAUACUGCCUUGUGGGGGCAGUUGUCAGUUGGGACUUUGUCCUGUUACUGUCCCCUGUCACGAACUUGUUUUUUUAAAUGUAUUUGUACAUUUUUUUAGGCGAAUGAAUUAAAUUAAAUCAAAGCGCGAGAAAACGUGGGUGACCAAGUCGUGAGUGGUUUUAGUUUCGCAUCUGAUUUUCACAGAGCUAAGUAAAGUAAAACCGAAGCAAAACCGGAUUACAAUCUAUGCUCAAUUGAAAAUUGCUCUAAUUAGACUUUACUUUCAACCUCUGGUUUCUUUGACAUUAUUCAUUGAUUCUGAGUUAGUUACUUGUCUUUUGAUCGUCACUUGCCUUUUUCAGGAUGAAUUUGAAGAUGAAACAGCAAAGUCUUUAGCAGUUUGUCUCAACUUUUGCCUGAUAGAUGAAUUAAUGACUCCUUGUAUCUCAAAGGACAGGUAAACAUUAUUAUUAUAUAUUAGACUUACUAUUUAAACUCUGAUUGGUCGAGAGCAUAUAGUCAAUGUACCAAAGCGUGUGAAGUUGCAGCAGAUAUUGGGUUAGCAGGUAAAAUACAAAGUCUGCCUAGUUUCGAAGCCCCUCGUCCGUGUAAUGUUCUCAAACUUUUGCAAACUUAGAGAGAAGUAUCUUCUUUUGCAGAUUGCUUAAACAAUGUGUAAUAAAACAAUUACUGAAUUCAGUUUUCGCAUGUUAUCAUGUUACCUCGUGUCCUAGUUAUCUGGCUCAGCCUUCGGCUUUGGCAGAUAACUCAGACCUUGGCACUGACAAUUCAUGAUAUCAUACUCAACCUCAUCCAAUGAUUUCUAAUUGUCGGUUUUCAAAUAUAAAACGUAACGCAAUGAUUGGGAAUGAAGUUUUGGUAUAAUGAGAAAACUAGUACCCCUAUUAAUCGUGAAUUUCCUGAAGCGCAUUGUCAGAGUCUUUUUUUUUGUUGUAUUCGAAUUAAUAUUGUUUAAUAACACAAGCCAUCAGCGAGAAAUUUUACCACUCACUAAAUGUCCUUGUUUCAGUCAGCAUGUCAAAAUCAGAUCAAAUCGUUCAUGGUUUUUUUACUUGCGCACAAAACCACAAAACUUUGCCAUUAUUUUCAGGAAUCCAGAGGACUGUCUAGAUGGACCAAUCUAUGUGCUGUGUCGGUGAGUACCAAAUGUCUUGCAGUUCAUUCCUGCCCAUCUUGUAAUACAUUACCAAUGUUCAUUUUAUACUUUAGGAGUAUCUGUGUUCUUCCCACCCACGAUGUUGGUAGAGAGAGACACCUGACAUUGCUAGGGGCUCUACACACAGUGGAUCAAAAGUUUGGCUAUCGUUUUCUCUUCUUCCUAAAAGCAAGGUUAGGAAACUGCUUGUUCCAUAUUCUUUAUCCUUGGUUUCUGCUUGGUUUCUGUUUGUUUUCUGCUUGUUGUUUCAUUAAUUUUAAUAGAUACUUAAAAUAGACGGUAUCUAUUUCAAGUAUCUGAUUUUCUGUUAAAUCGAUGAAAUACAACAUUAUGUUAUUUUUCCUAAGGCUCUGAAAGUUAAUGAAAGUUAGGUCUAGGUGAAUCAGUCACUUUCAAAGAAAUAAAAACAGCUGUAACUUGAGUGGUCACAAAAAAAUUGCGUGACAUCCUAAGGAAUGGCUGGGAAGGAAACUAGGCCAUGUCAUCAACAAUGUUUAUUCUUUAACUCCGAUAACCUGCUUUCUGUCAGUUGAUGGGAAGUGUUUUCUAUUGGUUGUCCUAAUACAAUACCAAAGUAAUCACAAAAGUCAUCCCAACGAAAGAAAAUAGCACAAGGUGCCACUGAGUAAUGAAAAGAAAAACAAUCAAACUGGACGGCGAAGUGGACGGCACAAAUUUCAACAAUAGUCACAGAGCUGGUGCAGUCCCCAAAUACUUUCGACAAACUGCUCUAAUCUAUUUUCGCUGUGAUAGUGUUACAGAUGACGAGCGGCUCACAAUAUACGAGGACUUUGCGAACACGUUCCGAGGAGAGAAGACACUUCAAGGAUGCUUAAGAGAUGAUUUGAAGGUCUGGCGGUUACAACUGUAUCUAGUCAUUGCUGUUACGUUUAACUGCUUUUCUAAGCUUCAUUAUAAAGUUGUUAUUAUUUCUUUAUGCACACAGGUUUGCCAGGAUUAUGAUAUCAAGGCCUUCCGCUAUAUCAUAUGCUCUAUUUACAAAAAGGUAUGUGCCAUAUCCGUUUGCUGGUACUAAUCAGAUGAUCGGUACUGGCAUAAGUUGUUAACGUGUUCAUCAUUAUUGGUCAAACUUAGAUGGAACUUCUUUCUCAAGUAUCUGCAAAGUAUCCCAAGAGGUUUGUAACCUGUUGAUUUCGUAACUUUCUAGUUUCCAGAAUACGUUGUAGGAAACUCUGAAGUUCUUCACAUGCUUGUUGGAACCAUGGAGCCAAGACAGGUAAGAAUAGAGAAAAAGGGCAAAACAGUUUAUUUCGUGGUGCAGUGGAGUAAUAAUCGGUAUUUCCUCAGCUAAAAAACACCAUAUAAUUAUAAAAAAUGUGUCCUUAGAUGUAAAGUACUUUACGCUGGUUACUGCUAGUUUUGCUUUCGUUUAUAACCGUUCUUUGGUUUUUCACGCAACUGUUCAUAUUAAGUGUGUGGCUUGACAUUACAAAUGACGGCUGCAACACUGUAAAAAGAUUCAAUGCCUUCUCUAUCCUGGCUCGUUCUGUGUGUCUACCCGUCUUCUUUCUGCCUACUUUAGAGUCAAAUUCGUUUCUUUUCUUUUUGGGUUUCCAUGAGGCGCUAGUAACCGUUUCAUGUGGAGCACAUAAUAGGCUCACUUUCGUAGCAGUUGUCACUUCUGUUGCUGUCUGAUUUGUUGAAAACGUUAUAACUCCUUACCCAUCCCUAUAUCUGUCUUUAUCGUUUUACAGUUAAACCAGCUGAUGAGUGAGAUAACUUUGGGGGAAUUGACAGUAUUUGGAGAGGAUAGCAAACUUGACACCUUGCUAGGUAAUUAAAUAAAUGGCAUUCCUUCCUUUUUAGGGAAUUAGUACUUUGCCUCAAGUUUAUAGGUCUUAUGGUUAUCCAAACUCCCGCAGUUAUCUUUGUCCGAUGCAUUUCAUAAGUAUUAAUCGAAUUGUAGAUUUAAUCAUCAAGUGUUUUAAUAACUUUUAACAUUUACAUUUACAUCACUUCACUGCAAAUGAUCAGCAAUCAAAAGCAUAGGAGGAUUUGAGGGUGGUUCUUAUGAACAGUUAUCCAAGCCUUUCCUAAUUUUCAAGUAAUAUCAGAUUUCAUUGGUGUGACUUUAUUUUUCUCUGUAAUUGGUCCAAUUGCGCCAUCCCAUCACCAAUCAGAUACGAGUUAUCACUGAUUUUUCUUUCUUUAUCUAUUUGUUUAUUGGCCACGAAAACGUAAAAAUAGUUUUCUUCAAUCUAGCAUUGAUUGCCUCAGGGAAGUAAUAUUACUCUGGGAGAAUUUGGUUUUAUCAACUGUGUAGAUAAUGUAAAAUGGCCGCCGUUAACAGUUUUUAAGCUUACGUUUCGAGCGUAAGCUCUUCGUUAGAGCAAUAGAUGGCAUCAGUCAACCAAGAGUUUCUGAAGAAAUAUGGUGAGGAAACCCAACAGACUCUGGAAACAACUGAUCAUAUUGAACAUCUUAUUUACUUCUCUUGUGUACAGAGAGUACUCUAGAAUGGGAGUCAUUUGAACAGCAGUGUGUGUGGCACCUUAUCCAAGCUGAGGAUGUGUUGCUGGAGUCAUUUGUCAAUAUUCUUCCUUCACUUAAAAAGGAUCAGCAUGCGGAGGCUUUGUCAAACUUACUUAUUCUCAUGAAAAGUGUUGCGUAAGUCUCCUCACUAUCAGCCUUGGCCCAGUUGUAUUAAGGUCCGACAACAUUAUCCAACGUAUAAAUCGUUAUCCAGCGGAUAAGUGAGUACAAAAUGUACCACACUAUCCAGCGGAUAGAGAUUUAUCCAGCGAAUAGCGUCAUCCAACCUUGGAACAACUGGGGCCUUUUUUACAGCUUACAACCAGAGCAUCGGUGUAUGUUUCUGCUGAUAGUACAUGUUAAUCUGUACCCAAUUCAUGGUCAAAAUUUCACUUCGAUCCGACAGUCGAAGGAUUGUUUAAAUCAGUAUACUUUUAAAAAGAUUUAGGUUUGGCCUUAAAAGUCCUGCAUCAGUCGAAACAGCUUAUUAUUUUAUAGGGGGUUUUAAAUUUGACUGCAAUCAUAAAUUUUUAAUUAUGGGUGCGGUUAAACGAUGUAGUUAAACGGUGAAUAUCACAUGGAGUCAUUGAGAAACAAUUCAACAGUUAAGAGCGGGAAAUACGAGAGAAACAACCUCUGGAUUGGCUGGGUUUUGAGUUUCAAAAGGCAUUCACAGGUGAGGAGGGGUGAAGGAUAAAUCUAAUCUUAAGUAUUUUCGGAUUACUUCCCCUUUUCAAGUCAAAACUGCUUGGCUUCAAAUUGAAACCUUGUUGCUUUCUCCGUCGAAAGCAAUUUUAAUUUUGGUGUGGAAAGCAUUCUAGGAUCGCAUUGGUUUUACUUUUCCUUGCCCUGUGAUUGGUCCAAAAAACACACGUCACCCUUUCGACAUCUCAGGCUCAUAACUUCUACCGAUCAAGACUUGCGCUUACUUCGAGCUCUCAUAGACUCCUUUUUGUUUGCGGUCAAUGCAAUGGGAUGUUGUAAUUGGUUUGCUCUCAAUCAGUUUGGAAUACUUUACUUUUUAGCUAGAUUUCCAAAGAUUCUUGGUUUAACUGAACUCUGAUCUCUGAGUACGAGGGUUCUUAAACAUGUUGACGUUGAACGAGUUGCAAUAAGAGCCAAUCAGUACUUAGUUUCUCUAGCUCCAAUCCCUUCCUCCUCUUAAUGACCAAUUGAAUUUUUGUUCCAGUCCUUCUGCGGACCUUGUUAUUCCAGUCUUAUCGAUGGAAUGUUCCGAAAAAAGGCCUGGAAACCAGUUUAGCGUUUCGCUGCUUAGAUACUGGGCACAGGAAUACCCAAGAGAACUUGCACAACUGAUUGGCCAACAGCUUUGUAAACAAGCCUCAGCAAGCAAGAAAAGAAAGUAAUGCAGUGUAUUUAUGCUACUGAUUUUUUGGUUUUGAGUAUGCAACACUUAAUAGAAAAGUCCACCUAUAAUUUGCGCUUUUUACCAAGCUAAUAUUGAAGCAGGUAACUUUUAAGUGAAAGAAGAUGUUACUCAGUGAAUGACGCAGGAAUAGAUGGAGGAAAAGAAACCAGAGUGCUCCUAAUAGGAGUCGAACCUACGACCUUCCGAUUAGUACUUGGGAUGCUCUACCUCUGAGCUGUAGGAUACUUGCGACAGGCUUGGGUAUUUAACUGGGUCCAUGGUGACAAACUUCCUGUAUACUGCUAGAAGAGGAAUGUAGAUAUUUAAUGCUUCUGUGCAAUGAUGGGGUAACUCGUGUAUGUAUUUGAAGGGACCUGCAUCUGAGAGUUUCUCGUCACUUACAUUUUUGCCAUGUUUCUUUCCAGAGGUGCUAAAAGUCAGCUAGGUACAAAUUUGGAGCUUGUACUGAGCCAUUUGGACUGGCUUCACAAGAUAUGCCAAGAGCAAGAAGAUUUGAGCUGUAAGUUUCGUGCGUUUUUUUUAAUGAUUCGGCACAACAAUCGUCUCACAGCACUGCUCAAACAGUUUGUAUCGCGAAACAUAACCGAUUAUUAGUCAUGUCCAAGAGACAACUAUCGUUUCCAUCAAAAAUUUUCCCACAGCACAUUCACUUAAUUUUAGUGUUUGAACAUUUUUUCUAAUAACAUGUAAUUAAUGAAGUUCUGUUCCGAAAAGAUUGGUUGUUGGAAUAGAAUGGUCGUGGAGCUUCUUUUUUUGAGGUUUUGUCACUGAGCUUUCUUUACUGGUUAGGUGGGCAUUUGGUUAAAUACAAAUUAGUGUACUUUUACCAAAGGGAAAUGAUGGGAAAGUGAGGGAAGUAUCUGGUCUUCUAGGUCUUGCAAUACGUCAAUGUCAGAGAAGUGAUCGAUAGAUAGAGUUGUUUUCUGUAAUAUCAGCAUAACGGGUAAUCCUGACCUGAUGUACUUAGAGAAAGAGAUAGUUUGGUUGACAGAGUGGAGAGGUGUUCUGUCCAUGAAAAAAACUGCGGGAAUUGGGGAGAAGGUAUUACGUAGGCCAUAAUUCACGGAGCGGAUCUCUGGGGAAAGGGACUUUCUUAUACAUCUACAACUUGAAAAUAUCUUUUGAGGGAAUCUACAUAUCCAAGCUAACGCCCUAAUUUUCCUUUUCUAUGUCCUUACUUCUCCUUGAUUUGAUCUUGUUGAAUUUUGUUUUUGAUAUUCUGUGGGCAGUUUUCAAACACGACGGCCUGAGAUCUGCUUUAGAUCAAGUCAAGCAAACUGCAAGCGAAGCAAGAAAAAAUAAGUAUGUUCACAAUUUUAUAUUUGACUGUGUUCGUUAUAUUCUGAAUACUUGGUGAAAACACUGCUAACUUUCACACAGGCCCUAGGAGAGAGCCAGUGAACUCUAGGGUACUUUUGUGGUCGCUGUUUUUUGACAUUUUCCGAGCGGAUAACUGGAAGUUGUCUUUGUUGGUUUGUUACAGGUUUAAGCAGUUAUUUUCAAUGUGUGAAGAUAAAGACAGCAGGAAAAGGACUACACGGGCAUCCAUUCUAGCUGCUAACAGGGCAGCAUCAUCUUCCUCUGAAAGUGAAGAGGUUAGCCAAUGAAUCUCGCACACUGAUGAUGAUGAUUACUUUCCUCGUCUUUAUUAGAGAACUUAAAAGGUCUAGCGGGUAGAAUCAAAAUAGUUAACUUUGUGAAUUUCUUAGCCGUCUCCGUGAAAUUAACAAAAACUUUGUGGUCUGAGAUCGGAAAUCUGACGGCCAAUUGUUUGAAAAUUGAACGCUGCUCGCUCAUCUUGUGAUGAACAUUAUAUAUGGCGCCGUUGAAGACGGUAAUCACAUCCACCAACUCGUGAAAUUUUCAAUAAAAAUAUAAAUUCAAUUUUGAGUUGACCAUCUCUGAAAAUGUUAAUUGGACGCACAGGACUAAAAAGAACUUAUUAGAGAUACUUGUAAAUUAGUGUGACCUUCCCUCUUUCAUUUGCAGGAAGAAGAACAAGCAGUGAAACCUCGCAACGCUAAGCGAAGGAGGAAAGCCAACACUACUGUUGAUUCAGACAGUGAUGAAUAGUAAUAAAUCGCUCUCUUGCUGUUUUUUACCCAUGGAUUGCUCUCUCUGUAAGAGUGCGUAAUAACGGCAGCAUCGAUAGAAGGAAGCGAAACGUUUUGGCUGCCGGAAUGAAUUAGACUGCGUUAAAUGUGGACUUGAAAAUGACGUGCUCGAGUUAAACUUGCAAAGAUCUAGAAAUUGCGCAGGGAAAUGAAAUACUUGAAAUUUCGGCAGUCGGCAUCCUGCAAGGUGAUCAAACCACGAUCUAUAAAGUAGAGUUGAAUGAUCUUCUCAGUCCACUCAAACAAUCAGUGAUGCCGCAUCAACAUUGUAACUCUUGAGUACUGCCUUUAUGUUCCUUUAGGGAAAGAAAAAUCUGUCCUCUUUAUACAUAGUAUUUUCAUCCAUUUUACCCUCAUCUUAAUGCACUACAUCUGCCUUUUAUUGGUAUUUUCAUAAUCCAAAAAGAUUGGAGUUUAGUGCAAACUAAACAAUGAACGAAGAAACUCUUGCUAUUCGAUUAUAUCUCUGUCUUUGCGAAUGUCUGGGUGCUUAUUCACUGGAAUUUUUCUCAUACCAAGAAGAGUUUCAACAAAGUUCUUGUUUCAUUCUGAGAACUCUCGUUCAACGAAGUGUUGUGUUCUCUUAAUAAGUAACAUAAAUGGCUGGAGUAUUUGCUCCUUUCCUCAGCACGAUCUUCCUAGCCGGCUGCAUAAUACAAGAACACGAAACGUAUUCCGAUCACUACUUCACGUUAACGCGGUUUUGACCUCUAAAAAAGUGACCAGCAUCUAAUUUCUCCUUACAAUUACGCAUUAAGGUCUCGAGAACAAAGGAAAGGACCACAAACUAGAGCAACUGUUCAUUGCUAAAGAAGUUCUCCUUGUCAGCACUUUGGGAAAUGUAUGGAGAAUA